AUGAGUUUUGAUGUUUUUAUAUUUCCGUUCAUUAUAUCAUUGGUUCUGUUGUCGAGUAUAAUAUGUGCGCCAAUUCUGCCGCUCUUCACAUUACCGCUGUAUCUCAUGUCGUUUCCGCGUCCCCUCCACUUCUGGCCACAUAUUAAUAAAAGCGAAAUAGAAACUAAUGAUACCAUAUAUUAUGAGCAAUUGGUGCCACAAUUUAUCAAAAGUCUGGGAAAUCAGUGCCCAGUAAUGAGCUGUUGCAGAGCCGGCAGUUUUCUAUUGGCCCGGUUUGACGACCGACUCGUUUGGAUACAAGUACUGGAGUCGGGCUUUAAUUACAUUAAGAUUCAACUAAAGGGUCUGGAACUGCAGGAGACCUCAUGUCAUGCCGUGGAAGCGACCACUAUUGACGAUAUGAUUGAUGAAGCCUUCUAUGUCAACGCCGAGACCAAAAUCCAGACUAUAUUCAACUCAUACUUUUGGUUCGCGAUACAGCCUUUAGAUACUCUAAUUGUUAAGACAUAUUCAGGUAAAGAUAUGGCCGACAAUGCGAGAAAUGUGUUGACGGGUGUCAUCGACUCACCUGAAACUUCCACAGCUAUUAAGACACUGUUUUGCAAAGUCUUUGUUUGGGUUAUACUUAAGCACAGAAUGAAUAAAACAAAUAAUAAUAAAAUAUCUAGUAUUCAAGAAAGUGUUGUGUUAGACAUCGAAAAACAGGUCGAAAACACUAAGACUAACCCAAAUCUUGAGGCAAAAAGUGUGUUAUUCUAUGACGUCCUCAAAACCAGAACUCAAAAUACAAGCGAAGAUUUGUUGUCCGCCUUUGAAACCAAUAAUAAUACUAAUAAUGUCUUAAGUAAGUGGUCUGACGAUGAAGAAGACGUUUUGGGCAGUGAAGACACUACUCGUCUGAAAAGUUCAAAAAAUAUUUUAGUCAAUCAAUUGUCUGAAAGCGAGAAUAAAGAGCCGACAAGUGAUUCAAAUGAAACAUAUAAUGAAAAAUUGCAUGAAAACGAUACUGAAGGCGAAGAACGAGUCAAUGAAAAUAUAAUCAACAACUCGGAAGUCAUGAGAAAAGAAAGUUUUUUCGCAACUUUUGAUGACAACGGAAACAAAGAGAACAGAGCUAUUGAUUCUUCGGGAAACAUAAGUAGUCAUAUGUUAGGAUCAGAUAAUUUGGCGGACGACUGGUAUAACUUGUUGUCUCCGACUAAUGAGUGGUUAACCGCUUCCUUAGACUACACUUAUAGGAAACGUAUUAAUCAAAGUGUUAAACAAUUAAUGUUUUCCGACGAUUGGUUCAAAAGUGUUUUAAAUAUAUUAUGCGAUGAGAAGAGCGCACAAAUGACUGACAAUCAAAUAUCAUCGCUAAUGGAUUCAUACAAACAAAUAGUCUUAGUUUGUUUUUCAUGCAUUUAUCCCAUCAAUUCAAUGUCCAAAACCAAUGAAAUGAGUGCACAAACUAUUUAUCAAAUUUUUAAUGGAAAAAUUCCAGACAAUGGAUAUAAUAAUCAAUUUUUGGAUAAAAAUAAAGAUCUCUAUGACAUCAUAAUAAAGAGCUUUCAGUACACUGUAAAGAUAGCGAUGGAUCAGAUCCUGAUGGCCGAGCAAAUGGCCACUCUUAAUGAAUUAAUAGAUGUCUUAAUAGAUUACGAUAUGAAUUGGUUUAUCGGCGACGAGACGUCUUCCCAAUGGAAAGAGUCAUUGAUUGUUGAAAAACGAAAUCUAUUCUCCAUUGGAAAGGAUGCCAUCAAAGAAUGUUUUACGAGCCAUUUAUUGAGUUUGCAGGACAUUGGAGUGCAUUUGUGUUCACUAAACAGGGCUGUAAUUGAGGCCAUUUGGUCCUCACUUUCGCUUGAAUUACUAUACCUGACCAAUGAUGACGACGAGAGGUUCUCGAUUCAGGCCAACCCCGUAAUCCUCCGUAACCUCACUGUUCAGGCGGCCAACGCUCCCAUCGGUUACCCGGUGUUCGUCUCUCAACCCAUUCUUAUCAAUCACUUCACUUAA